GCAGCGGUCAUGCCAACAAGAUGAAUAGUUUCAACUUUAAGAAGUUUACUUCUGACGCUGCAACAGUAAUCAGCCGAGCCGUCCAGUACACCGAGGAGAAGCUAGGGGGCGCUGAGAAGACAGAACUCGAUGCACACUUUGAGAAUCUAGCGGCGCGGGCCGACAAGACGAAGAUAUGGUCAGAGAAGCUGAUGAGUCAGACGGUGGCGGUCCUCCAGCCGAACCCAAACGUGCGGCUGGAAGAGUUUGUGUACGACAAGCUCGGCCAACUCGACGCGCCAGUCAAGAAGCCGAAGGAGCGUGAGACGAAUCAUGAGAUACUGGGUCAGGUCAUGGUGGAUGCGGGCAGUGACAUCGGGCCAGGAACUGCGUACGGUUCGGCACUCAUCAAGUGCGGUCAGACGGAACAGCGGAUUGGUCACGCCGAGAAAGAGUACCUGCAUAAGAUCAGUAGUGCCUUCCUGAUGCCACUAAACACAUUUCUCAUGGGAGACAUGAAGACAAUACAGAAAGAGAGAAAAAUUCUCGAGACCAAGCGCCUGGAUCUAGAUGCCUGCAAGAACAGACUGAGGAAGGCAAAAUCAUUGGAAUCACAAACGAACGCGGAGGCUGAACUGCGGGUGGCGCAGUCCGAGUUUGAUCGACAGACGGAGAUCACCAAGCUGCUUCUAGAAGGAGUCAGCAGUGCUCACGCGAAUCACCUGCGAUGCUUGAAUGACCUUGUGGAGACGCAGAUGUCCUACUAUGGUCGGUGUUUCCAGCUGAUGCAAGAACUACAGAAGGAAGUAGCAAGUAUACAAUGUUCUGCAUUCACGUUGAUUACUAGCUACCUAGCAACGGUUGCUGGGCGUCAGGUGAUCAAGGUUGUAGACGUUGACGAGGGCGGAGACUGGGUGAUCGUCGAGCGGGGGUCACAGAGAGGUCGCGCCCCGAUGACCCACGUCGAGUACAUCAACUAGAGGUUAAAGGUCACAACGCGAUGCCGUCGGCCAGGUCGGCCAUUUUGCCUUCUCUCUUUCCUUGUAAUUGUUAAAAGAUCUCUUACGUGUGUUAGAUAUGCUUUCUGGAUCAUAAAUCGAUUCGACUGGCAAAUGUCGUUGUUCAAUACGGAACCAAGCAAUGGUGGCCGUCAGAGGGCCAAGUACGGAAGUUCGAACCAACCGACAGGGGCCAUUGGCGAUUGGGUGCUGAAUUCGUAAUAACUCUUUCUCUAUUCAUUGCAUGUGCCUGGUGAAUUUAUUCCCUAUACGUGUGUGCCUAUAAGUUUAUAAUAUGGAGUAUAAAGCGCUUGGGAUGGAACGAGAUAGAAAUCGUGAAUUCCGAACGACGCCGCUUUCACAUUGCGCCAUGUUUAAACAUUGCCGAGAACAGUUUCUGCGUAAUAUAUAUGAUAAUAAAUGUAUUUAUGGCGCGCUCGUGUGUGCGCGUGUGCGUGCGUGCGUGCGUGCACCGGUGCGCGCGCGCGACAAGCGAUCACUCGCUCUAAUAACGCUCGGCUGCUGUGAAAGAUGACGAUGUGGAUAAUCUUGCCGCGCCGCUUAAGUCCCGUACAUGUAUAUGUGCCGUCUUCCAUUUCCACACAUAUUGGGGGAUCCAGACUUUGCAGCUGUGAUUCAAGGCAACUCCACCAUGCCAGUGCAAUUCACCCGACUUUGCUGCAAUAUGUCAGCUGCAAUAGGGAAAUAAUAUGAUUUUUUUCCUUUGAUUAAUCAACAUGGUUGCUAAUUAUCAGUUGGUAGUCGCUCGAUAGGAAGAUGAGAAGGUGGCACACUGGAUCCUUGCUAUUGCAUAUAUGGUGGGCCGAUAUGGGUAACGACAUGAUAUAUACGCGUGAAUACGUAUGUGCGUGCGUGCGUGCGUCCGUCCGUCCGUGCGCGUGC